AUGGAGUAUGGGGGCCCCGGCUACUGGAUCAAGAUGCAACGGCCAGCGAUGGAAGGCGGCUACGACUUUGCCAGCACCGGAGAGUGCGUCAUGCAGCCGCGGCAAGCGUGGCCCGCGAAGCUCAGGGAGUGGGUGGAGAGCAGCCUCAAGUACACGGCCACGGAUGCCUCUCGAGACCUGCAGAUGGCAGCCUCAAACCACGGGCAGGGCCGGCUGCUAAGCGCCGAGGAGAUGUUUGCCGAGGGGGGCUUCCUGAGCAAGUUGGGCUCAUGGCUUGAGCGGGCCCAUGAGGUGCAGGGUUGCCUAGCGUCAGCUCGCAAUCUUGCAAUGCGUCUUGAAGAGCUUGGCGCCGCCGGCUCCGGAAAUGGCUGCGACCUUCCAGUGGGCCUGUGGGCCCAAAAGCUCCAUGACGACUUCCUCCGUCUCUUCGGCUUUCCAGUCCUAGACUUCUUCCCCGGCGUGCCUUAUGUGGGGAACUUCUCCGUCAUGCGGAAGCUCUACGAGGCCGGAAGCCCGGAGGCUCUGGCAGGCGGUGCCUUUGCUAAGGCAAGCGCCAAGGCCGCGCACACCGAGCACGGCCUCCUGGCGGCUUGGCACAUCUUGGCACAUUUGGCGCUGGAAGUGUGUCCGCAGGAAUUGAGUUUGGACACGCAGCGAGAGAUUCCCAUGCAAUGUGUUAGAGAGCUUCAUCCCAUCUUCAUCCCAUCAAACUCCUCAGCGGCUCCACAUGCACCGCAGGUGAAGGCCGCAGUGGUGCCGAGAUCGCAUGGGGCGUCGGCCUGCAAGGGCGCCCGCGGUCUCCAGGAGUCCCUUGGUUCCCGGCCCGAGUUCGGCCUGGACUGUAGAGAAGGUUUGCAUUCACUAAGAAACGGCACCAUGCCGCCUCGAGCAAGGCACAAUGCAAAGUUUUGA